ACUUUCGAUUGUCAGCGUGUUCGGAUCGCAAAACUUUUAGUGCCUCUCACUCUCAGUCUGUGUCCCCCUCGGGCCGGUGAAUACGGUGUUCCGCGAACCACACAAUCAGUCAGUCAGAAGUAUAGUUUUCUGGUGUGUACCAUACAGUUUGCAGUGCUACUACCUCCCCAUAUCAUAUGUGCAUAUAUUGAAGCUUAUGCACGCCACUUCCGCGCGCCACCGUUCAUCCGCUCGCCGUGGGGCGUUGGGAUAAAAAGAACAACAAGCAGAAUUAUUCGCAACAGUGCGUGUACUCUAGAGAGACGAGACGGGAGAUCUUCCUGCUGAGCGGAAGCGAAUCGAAUUGAAUCGAAACCAGCGGAAGGGCCUUUUACCCCCUUCCCCAAGCGGGCCAGUGUGCAAGAAAUCGGCAGUGAUCCUGUGCCAAGAGUGCCAUGUGGAGAGAUUUCCGACCGAGUUCUUAGCUUUUUGGUUAGUUUUUUUUUGAGUUUGUCGGAUUUAUGCAAUACGUUAUUUUGUGUUCUUUUUUUUACGUCGGAUAGUUUUAUUCUGUUGAUCGGUUUUGCACAGUGUAUUAUUUGCCGCGGGGCGGCAAUGCUAAAACUUAUCGUGUGGUUAGUAGUAGUCAAAAUCAGAAUCAGCAACAUAUGAUCGUUCUGUUGUCAAGUAUAAUACAAUAAUAAAAGGAAACAAUAUUUUUUUUGUUUUUGUUUUGUUUGUUACCUCGAACAAGUGCUGCCGUUUAGUUCUACUAGAAUAGCGUAUUCACCGUUUCGUUUAGUAGUUACCCGCUGAGCUGUGUAUUCCGACAUAACUGAGUGUAACGAAUUGGUUUAGUGUCGCUCAAACAAAACAAAAAAAAAAGAAAAGUGUGUAUGUGAGUGUGUAAAUAACUACCGCAACUGCCAUCGCCACCACGUGGGGAAGAACAAGAGGCUGAAGCCGUGGAUUCGAGGUUCGAGAGGAAACAGGAAACGCCACAAAAGCAACCGAACGGAGUCUUCCAGGGAAUCGAUCACACGCCGAAACGAUAACUUCGACCAAAGUUUAGUUAAGAAAACCACAAAAAUAUACACAACAUGGCCUUAAUCAUGAAAUACAUAGAUAGUAUGCACCAUUACAUGGACUCAUAUGCAGAUCCUCGGACAAAGGACUGGCCUCUCAUGUCAUCACCAUUCCCCACAUUAGCGCUUUGUUUAGGAUAUGUUUACUUAGUCAAAGUCCUGGGCCCAAGGCUUAUGGAGAACCGCAAACCAUUCCAGCUGAGACACACCCUCAUACUCUACAACUUCGUGCAAGUCGUGUUCAGUGCCUGGUUGUUCUACGAGAUCGGUGUAUCGGGUUGGCUAACGGGACAUUAUAACUUCCGAUGUCAGCCAGUCGACUAUAGUAACCACCCUAAAACGUUAAGGAUGGUACACGCGUGUUGGUGGUAUUACUUUUCCAAGUUCACGGAAUUCUUCGAUACGUUCUUCUUUGUGAUGCGUAAAAAAACUAGUCAAGUGUCGACGCUGCACGUCAUCCACCACGGCUGCAUGCCAAUGUCCGUGUGGUUCGGCGUCAAGUUCACCCCAGGUGGCCACAGCACAUUCUUCGGACUGCUCAACACCUUCGUACACAUUGUCAUGUACACCUACUACCUGUUCUCUGCCCUCGGACCACAGUUCCAGAAGUACCUCUGGUGGAAGAAGUACCUAACCACCUUGCAGAUGGUCCAGUUCGUCGCAAUCAUGGUGCACGCCUUCCAGCUGCUCUUCAUCGACUGCAACUACCCGAAAGCCUUCGUCUGGUGGAUCGGAAUGCACGCCGUUAUGUUCUUCUUCCUGUUCAACGAGUUCUACCAAAGCACGUACAAAGCGAACAAGCAGCGAAGAGAAGCCGCAGCAGCUGCUAAGCGGGAAGCGGACCGCCUGAUGAACGGCAACACUGCCAACGGAAGCGUCACAGCGAACGGAAGCGCUGUCCAGUCCAAUGGAAGUGCCGUCAAAGCCAACGGGCACCAUCAUGUCACGAACGGCUCAAUCCAUCACCACAGUAACGGCAGUGCCUCGAACGGCGCGUUACUGUCCAACGGCGCGUUACUGUCCAACGGCGGCAACAAGGCUGCCGAUUAUUACGUGCGGGGCGAUCUCCCGGCUGAGAUCGAAAUUACGCAGCGACAACCCAGCAGCCGCAAUCAUGUCCAAUAAUAGCGAACGCAUACACAUAUCCCUUUUCCCUCUUUCCCCACUCCAUUUUCCUACUACUAACACGCACACAAUAUAACGCACGCGCUUUCCAUAGCACACAAGCAACCACAGACUUUUCCCCACCCUCUUUUCCCACGCCGACGAGGCGCGCGUUUCUAUUGUUAUUAUUAAUUAAUUUAUUGUAAAACUUUAUUAUAAUUACGCAUACAAACACACACACUCCCACACACGUAAAAUAUUUUUUUCUGUGUUUCUUUUCUUUUUUUUCGUUUCGUAUGGUCAAAAAUCAUUUCGGUGAACUAUUUUCCCCUUUUUUCUGCUACGCCAAAAUUUCGUAAUGUUUUUUUUUCGCUUGAGCAUAGUCUCAAUUAAUCGUGCAACUUGCAAAAUUAUCCAAAAAAAAACGAACGGCUCAGAACAAAACAAAACCACGCCGUUGCCUUGUCCCUUCGAUUUUCCACGCAUGAAGUGAUUUUUAAAUGGUUAUUCAUUUUAAAAAAUAGGAUAAAAGAGAUUGGAAAUAAAAUAGCAAUUCGUCAAUACAACCAACAAAAAAACAAUGUAAUUUGGCUGCUUUAAAGUGGCCCAUACACGCUCAACAUUAUUUCGCCAUAUGUGUAUUUUUGGUAGAUUGGACAAUAUGUUGUACCGAGUCAAAAAAAAUUGGAUAUUGCACAAUGUUAAAAAUAAACGCAAUACUUUGCGCAACCUUCAAUAUCAUCUUCACACAAUUCAACUUCAUUGUACAAAUCCGACUAUUGUGCAAUAAUGUUGAACGUUUCAAGACACUCAAUCAUUUUGUGCAUACAUUUGCCCAAUAAUAUUGAGCUUGUAUGCGCCACGUAAGAAACAAUUUCGAGAGGACACAAUCACACACUAUAAUUUAAGAGAAAAAAACGAACGCAGAAACGCAUGCUAGUAGUCGUGAACAAGGCCCGGCAUUUGGAGAGCAAGUUGCGAAGCGAGAAGAGAAAAAAAAUACACAAACAUAUAAGAGAGCAGAUCACGUGAAUCACGCCAAAACACGGAAAGCGAUGAAACUGUUUUCUUUUAUCACAGAAAAAAAAGAUAUGAAAUGUUACCUUUAUUUAGAUAUUUAAAUAAAGCUAGUAACUUGGGGUAGGUGGCAGUAUGGUUGUGGCCCGGAAGCCACGACAUUGUUUAUGCUGUGAGUGUAGUUUGAACGCGAAUUGGACGGCGAGCAAAACAGGCAAAUAAUGUGUAAAUAGUUUAGCUAACCUAAUGAGGUUAAGUGUUAGUGUUAAUGUAGUCUAAAGACGGUGAACAAACAAUGGUGAAUAUUCUAAACAUAACGAAAAACAAAUCAAGCAAAUGCAGCAAGCGGUAGAAGCGCAGCAGAUUCGUUGUUUCUUGUCGGUUCUAUAUAUUUUUUUGUUAUCAUUUCGCAUUACAAAUGGUUGAUUGUUCUCCAAAACUUUACAGACAAAUACAUAAACAAACUCACCUGCCCAUAUCCACCCAAAAUCGAGAUGUUUUUAUAUCAAGAGAUCAUUCGCAUUUCAUCCGCCCUUCCAUUUCCGGUAUAGUUCACUUCCAUACAUACUCACACGCGCAAUUCAGGAACAGGAAAAACGUAAUUAUAGUUCAGCUUAGAUAAAAAGGUGUUAGUUAAACAGAGAGAGAAACAGCGCCUGCUAGGGUUAAACUUAAAGGAAAACGAAGAAAAAAAAACUCUACAAUGUGAUUUCUUUAUUUUUUGUAAGGAAAACAAGCAAAAAACUAUAAGCAAAAUAUACUAGGCCUAAGUAAACCUGCAUCGAUGCGCUACAUGUGUCAAUGUUGCUAUAAUCAGACUAAAAUGUAUUCGCUGGAGCACAGAAAAAAUUGUUUAAAAAACAAAAGAAAAACAACAACGAAAAAAAAACUGGCGUGAGUUCAUAUUUACAAUGAAACAAGGGAAAACAUUACAACAACAGCAAAGAAAAAGUUAAAUGUGUACAGAUUGAUAGGAAAACAAAUGAGAGAUAUAUAGGCGAGAUAUUUUCCUCCAGGGCCCCUGUGAAAAAAUUGGCAUUCAUAGUAGGAAGAAUAAGUGAACGAAAACAAUCCAUCAGCUAUUGUAUUUAAGAGAAGAAAAAAAUCGCGGUGCAUCGAACAGAAUAAAACUUGUUGAAAAUGUGAAUUA